UUUCGUAAGGUUCCCUGAGCCUUCUGAACAACAAAUCUGGGCACCAAGAAAGUUGAGCUGCGCCGUGGUGGGUCCGUUAUCUGCACGGGAUGCGCGGGCUUCUUCCCGGGACACCCAGGGCGCGGCUCCGAGUCCCCCGCACGGCAGAUGCGGCCCAGAUUUGGCCGGGGGGCCCGGGGCUGUGGAGCCCGGGAGCCCGGCGGGGGCGGGAGAAGCCCUUGAACAUCCAGGACCAGGGGGAAGGUCCAGCCGUCGGAGCAGCAGCCUCCCCACCCCGGCCCGGGGGGCGCCCGGGAAGCCGCGGGAGGGGAGGAGCCAGGCGGAGCUGCGGGCUGGCGGCCCUCGGGGGUGAGUCAGGGGGAGCAGUGGUCGGGUCAGGUUACUUCCCUUUAAAAGGACGUGAGAGGAGGAGUCCGGUGCUGGCGGGGCAGGGACAGGCGGAAGCUCGGAGCCCGCAGGGGUCCAGCACCAGCAGGCACCCCAGCCCAGCUCCACGCGCUGUUCCUGGAUCUCUCCAGAGCCGUGGGCGGAGCGCGCCCCUGACCAGUCCGUUGACCUUCGGCUGUUGGAGCCUGGUUAAUUUUUGCCCUGUCUGCCUGCUGUGGGGCUCCUCCCUGUUGGGAAUAUAAGCCCGGACCAGGGCUGCUCCGUUCUCUGC